AUGUCAUUUAAAACCUUUAUUGGAAAUAAAAACACACGUUCAAGUAAAGAGCAAUUGCCUGCGAGCCAUGGUGAUAUUAGCAACAAAACAGAUAAUUCGAUGGAUACUUUCAUAGUCGAUGUUCUCAGUGAAGAUGAGCAGUCGAAUAUUAUUAGUGGAUUUGGUGGUUUGCAUGUGAAGAAUGAAAAGAAUAAUGUCUCAUCGGAUGAUGAAGAGUCUAGUGAUUUUUAUGAUGUUGAACGGAUUGAAAAGCAUAGGACAAGCAAACUUGGCAAGUUACAAUUCCUUAUUAAAUGGGCAGGGUGGAGUGCGGAAUAUAACAGUUGGGUUGAUGCAAAUGAUGUUCAUGCCACGGAAUUAGUUAAAGAAUACUGGGAUUGUAAGAAUUUUAAACCAGAUUCAUCAAAGACCCAACAGACAUUGAGAAACCGGGCGAAACAUGCUGCAGUUUCAUCAACAAACAAAAAAUCCGAUAAUUUUAGUACUAAAUCGGGAUCAAAAAUUCAAAAGCUAUUGAGAAAAAAAAUGGAGAACAUGACAUCAUUUUAUUUGGAAAGUAGUAGCUCUGACGAAGAACUUCAAUAUGCACCUGAAUUCAAACCAAGCUCUCCAACUCAAGAUGAGAAUACUAGAGUUGUUAGCUUCUAUGAAAAACCCGAUUCAGUUCAUUUAGAUGAUAGAUUUUAUUCUUUAGAUUGGGAACGGGACGUUGACCGUGUUGGAUGGAUCGAAAGGAUUGAAGAAAAUAAUCUUGUUUUUCUAUUUUGGAAAUCAGGUCAUAUGACCAACCAUUCAUUGAAAGAAGUUGAACAGAAAUGUCCCGACAAA